UCUUCCAUGUUGUCUCCAUCCAAGUCCCGGGCUGCGUACGACGUUCUCACGCUCCCGAGUCUCGCGACCAUCAUCUUUGCGUAUCAAGGCACAGGUGUCUCCAUGUCGCUCGCGCUGGCAUUCCGAAAGCACAAGACAAAGCUCCGACAACUCUUCUCACGGCCCAUGAACAAUGAAGUGGAGACCUUUCGCGGCUACGUCCUGUGCAAGCUUGUUGCUGCCAAGGACGUCAAGUUGGCCCUCGAGCUACUGGCUGCGUUCCCCGAGCGCGACAUGCUCGCACUGCCACCGACCAACAAAAAGUACGUCUACGCAAUCGACAACGCCGUGCGCCUGCAAAGCGUGCCGCUGCUGACAAAGUUGCUUGAGCGGGACUUUGGCAAAAGCUCGAAAGCCGCGAUGGACGCCGCGGCGGCGGACGGCAACUUGGCCAUGGUGCAGCUGUUGCACGAGUACCGCGACGACGGCUGCACGCACGUCCGCGCGAUGAACGCGUUCCAGGCCCUGUCAAGCUCGAACCCAUCGACGUCGCCGCGGGAGUAG